UGACCGGCCAGCGCGGGCGCCGGGCGCGGGAAACGGCGGCGGCAUGCCGGAGAAGCGGCUCACCGCCGAGCCACCAGAUAUUACGGAAGAAGAAUUUGAAGAUUCUUUGGCAACAGAUGAUUUCCUUGUGGACUACUUUAAUGAAUUCCUAAGCCUUCCAACCUUUUCAGAGGCAAUUAGAUUUAAUGCGGAUUACGGAGUUUUUGAAGUAGUUAACAAUGCUCCACAACUUCUGGAAAAGCAACUGAAAAAAAUUCUACAAAACCAGCAACCUCGAAAUCCCAUCUAUGAUGUUGUAAGGAAAGGAAAGAAUGAUAUUAAACCUGCUCAGAUGAACACCCCUUAUGAAAAUGAGACCAUUAAUGUCAACUACAAUAUUAUGUGUCUCAGCCGUGAACAAGGUAUUAAGUGGAUCAAAAAAGAAAGACUUCCAGCAUUUCUGGAAAGUGAUUGCUACUUUGAAUACAGAUUAGCCAAAUUGGUCUCACAAGUACGAUGGAGCAGAUCAGGCACGAAUCUUACACUCGAUGCAGAUUUUUCCCCCUGGGUCCUGAAGAAACCACCCAGUCCACCACCACCUGACACUGAAGAAGAAAAUGUUAUAAUUAUGAAAAAGUUCUACAUUUCUCUUGGUGAGGCCACCUAUACUCAAACGAAAGAUUGGUUUGCAUUGGCAAAACAAAGUCUGCAAACAGUAUCAACGUUUUCAUUACCAUCUUGUGUACUCCACAGCAAAACUGAACUACCAGUUAUUUCAUCUGUUUCUGAAAGUUCUAUCCUUGAUGAUGGAAUUCACCCAAGGACAAAACGGGACUCAUCUGAAACCACUAGAUUAAUUUCUCAUUUUGAAGAAGAAGAAAAUGGGUCUGUAUGUCUACAAGACACUCCUUCUCAAGCCCUUCUAAGAAUAUACCUUGAAAAACAACAGGAUGCUGAUGACGGCCUUAUAUUGCAUUUCUCAACAUACGAAGAAUUUUUAAGAUCUUAUAUAGCCUUUAUUUUGAGAGUAGCAAUUUACCACAUUUUUGAAGAGCCACUUAGAGAAAGCCCAGAUUUUAUAAAUUUCAACAAGGUAACAGAAGUGGUGAUUGAGGAAGGUUUUGAGCCUAUCCUUGGCAGGAAUGUUGUGUUACGUGAAACAUUUCAAACCUAUGUCAAGUCAGAAGAGAUGUUAGAACAAGCAAGUUCAAAAAGUGAGAGCAUUGGACCAGAAAGCAGGGCUGAUUGGUGUGUUUCUCACAAAGCUUAUGAUAUUGGCAAUAGAAAAGAGUUUGAAAGAUUUAAGAAAUUUAUAAAAGGUACAUUAGGAGAGAGAUAUUGGUCGUUAUGGAUGGAUAUUGAGAGAUUAAAAGUUCUUAAGAACCCUGGAAGACAUCAAAGACAUCUUGAAAAGAUGAAAAAAUCCUAUUUAGUGAGCAGUGGAGAUUGCUACCUUUCUGCAGAAAUAUUAUCAAAAUUUAAACUGCUAGAUGCAUCUCAGUGGAAUGAAGAACACUUAAGAAAUAUUCAGAUUGAGGUUGUAAAACCCUUACUUCUCUAUUGGGCGCCAAGAUUCUGUGUUCAUCAUUCAUCCUCAGCAAAACAUGCUACUGCUGAACUGAAAUUCUGGCACCUCCGUCAAGAGAAGCCAAGGAAGGAUGUUGACCCUUUUCCACAAAUGGCAACGCUCUUGCCAUUAAGACCUAAAUCGUGCAUCCCACAGAUAUCUGAUAUGCAGAAAGAAGAAUCCAAUUUAUUACAACGUCCUAAAUCUCCUAAGAAACCACCUAGAGUAAAAACAGCAGUUCAGAAACCUUGGAAGAGCAAGUCUUUGUAUCUAAUUUCUUCGAAGGAUGAUGCGAUUGAGAAAGGGUUGAGGCACAGGUCAGAAAGCACCAGAGUUAUUCGCUUAACAUCUUUUACUGAUAUUUCUGAAUGUCUGAAGCCCCAACUGGACAGAAGAUAUACUUAUACAGAAGAAACUUUGGUUAAAACCAUGGCAGAUGGUGCCUUGGGAGGAUUUGACAUGGAAAAUUUGUUGCAAUCUUUGUAUGUAGAAAAUAGAUCUGGAUUCUUCUUUACUAAAUUCUGUGAGCACUCAAGAAACAAGUUGUGGAAGAACAGUGUGUACUUUUGGUUUGACCUACAGGCUUAUCAUCAGCUCUUCUACCAAGAAACAGUUCACCCUUUUAAAAUAUGCAAACAAGCCCAAUAUCUUUUUGCCACAUACAUUGCUCCUUCGGCCACUCUUGACAUUGGACUCCAACAGGAGAAGAAAAAAGAAAUUUAUAUGAGAAUACAGCCACCAUUUGAAGACCUUUUUGACACAGCAGAAGAAUAUAUCCUUCUCCUCCUUCUUGAGCCCUGGACAGAGAUGGUAAAAUUAGACCAAGUUGCUUUUAGAAAGGUGGAGCUGGUGGAAGAAACUCGACAGCUAGACUCCACAUACUUCAGAAAGCUACAGGCUUUGCAUAAAGAGACAUUUUCCAAGAAAGCUGAGGACACUACUUAUGAGGUUGGAACUGGUAUUUCACCACUUCCUGAUGCCUGUAAAAGAACAGAAUACUGGAAUAAUGUUCCUGAAGAAUAUAGGCACUUCAGUUUUAAUGAUCUGCUUAAUAACAAACUGGAGUUUGAACAUUUCCGUCAGUUUCUUGAAGCUCAUUCUUCAAGUGUGGAUCUUAUGUGCUGGACAGACAUUGAGCAGUUCCGAAGAAUAGUUUAUGGAGACCGAAAGCAAAGGGAAGCAAAAUCUAUAUAUAUUAAAAACAAAUACCUUAAUAAAAAAUAUUUCUUUGGCCCCCAAAGUCCAGCUUCUCUAUAUCAGCAGGACCAGAUAAUGAAUUUAAGUGGUGGCUGGGGAAAGAUGCUCCAUGACCAGCUUGAUGCGCCUGUUCUAAUUGAAAUUCAGAAGCAUGUACUAAAUAAGCUAGAAAAUGUAUGGUUGCCAUUAUUUCUUGCAAGUGAACAGUUUGCAGCACGUCAGAAAAUAAAGGUACAGAUGAGAGAUGUAGCUGAGGAACUCUUACUACAGAAACAUGAAAGGAAAAUUGGGGUCUGGAAGCCUGUGGAAAGUAAGUGGAUAUCUUCAUCUUGUGAAAUCCUGGCUUUUCGUAAAGCAUUAUUGAAUCCAGUUACUGCAAGACAGUUUCAACGGUUUGUGGCUCUAAAAGGAGAUUUAUUGGAAAACGGGGUACUCUUCUGGCAAGAAGUACAAAAAUAUAAGGACUUGUGCCAUUCUCAUUGUGAUGAGUCCAUCAUUCAGAAGAAGAUCAUGACUAUUAUCAACUGCUUUAUUAAUUCUAGUAUUCCACCAGCAUUACAAAUUGACAUUCCAGUAGAGCAAGCCCAGAAGAUUAUUGAACACAGGAAGGAGUUAGGACCAUAUAUAUUUAGGGAGGCACAGAUGACAAUUUUUGGGGUUCUAUUUAAAUUUUGGCCUCAGUUUUGUGAGUUUAGGAAGAACUUAACUGAUGAAAAAAUUAUGAGUGUUUUAGAGAGAAGACAAGAAUAUAAUAAACAGAAAAAAAAAUUGGCAGUCACAGAAGAAGAGAAAUUUGCAAAGGAUGGAAGCAAACAAUAUGCAAGUUGUUCAGGAUCUGCUAUUAAAACAGCUAUUUUACCUAUUGACCCAGUUAUAGGCCUACAAGCAUAUAGUCGACAGCCAAGCUGGUGCUACUCCAAGUACAUAGAAGCCUUAGAACAGGAAAGGAUUCUUCUUAAAAUUCAGGAAGAGCUAGAAAAAAAAUUAUUUACAGCCACACCAUCUUUUACAAAUUUUAAGUCUACUGCUUCGGCUACAUCUUUGAAAAAGACCAUAUCUUCCUACAACAUCCAGAAGUGACAGUACUCGUGUGGGUGUAUAAUCUGCUGCUGCUAGAUACAAGGAAUUCUCUAGACCAAAUUUAACUGAUGUGGAAGCCCAAGUGAUUUCUGGAUGGCCUGCAUUAGAGCAAGGCUACCAUCUAAAUAAAGUUUGGCAUGUUGUACUCUCAUAGUUUUAAAAUGACAGCUAUUCUAUACACAUUACAAAAAUGGCCAUAAAAUUUUUAAAAAACCCAUUUAGAAUAAAAUGACUUGUAUCUACAUUAGAAGAACCAAAACAUUUUGCUAAUCACAGAACUUAAGAAAGUAUCAUGUUAUGUUCCUCAAGUAAUCUUUCAACAAAUAUUCCUUAAGCAUUUACUAUAUUUGGUUAGCAGACACAUUCAGCAAGUGGUUAGGGGCAAAUAUUCCUAGCAAUAAAUUGACCCAAAACAUAAAGUGCAGUGACUUGUGAACCUUAUCCAUAUCCUCAACUCUCUAAAGGAGCCAUGUAUUAAAGCAGUGGUUCUCAGA